AUGAGUGAUAAAAUAGAAAAAAAUUCCCCUGAAUUAGAAUCGUUUAAACUAUUGAAUGAUUCUUUGAGGGCUCGUAUUGAAGAGUUGGAAGUUAAUUCUUUGAUUAAAGAUCAGGAUAUUAAAAACCUUCGACAAGAACUUGAUGGUUUCAAGAAAGAAUUUCAACCAAAUCUCGAAAAUAAUUACGAAAACUUUGAUAAAAUAAAAGAAAAAUUAUUUGAACAAGAUGUUAAAUUAAAUAAAUUAAUAGAAAUGUUGAAACGAGAAAAAUCCAAACAUAAGAAAUCCAAGAAAAAAACCAAUUCUUAUCGACAAUACGAUCAAGC